AUGGUAGUGAUCAGUUUAACUCACCUUGUGCCUGCGACGGCUUUUCAUAGUGCCUUCCUAGAUUUUCACUCUGUUCGCAAUGUACUUAUGAUAUUCUUCUAUGAUUUUUUUUGGUAUACGGCUGUUUUACAGUUAGGACUUAUGGCAUGUAACAGAUUUGUUAGUAUUGUCUAUCCAAUGGAAUAUAAGUGGUUGUUUUCACCACGAAAAGCACUGCUUGCAAUAUUUAUUGGUUAUGCAUUAGGUUUUGCUGUAUCCUUGCCAACAUUAUUCCCAUGUUGUCAUACAUUGUGGAACUCUGAUUACUACAUAACUGUCUACGAUCCCAUGGAUACAUGGUAG